AUGGGAAACCAGUCUUACCUGCCAACGCCCACAGAGAAACAGCCUGCCUACAAAUAUGUGUCUCACAGUCCCUUCACUGUGUUCCCUAACGGCGAAGAAGAAGAAGAAGAAGAAGAAGAAGAAGAAAAGAAGAAGGAGUAUGUCUGGAGCAGUGUUGUGGUGUGUGAGCCGUGCCUCCCCGAAACCUGUAUCUGUCAAAAGCCACCAUCUGACAUCGAUGUGGAUGAAUUGGACCUGAGCGCAUCAGACAAUGGUGAUGACCUAAAGGAAAAGAAGAAAGACAAGAAAAAAGAUAAAAAGAAAGACAAGAAGAAAGAUAAAAAGAAGGAUAAGAAGAAGAAGAAAAAGAAGAAGAAGGAUUCUAGCUCCUCGUCUUCCUCUUCGGAUACUUCCUCCUCGUCUGAUAGUGAAGAUGAAAAGAAGAAGAAAAAGAAGAAGAAGAAGAAGAAGAAGGACUCCAGCUCUUCCUCUUCAGACAGUUCGUCCUCCUCUUCCUCCUCCUCUUCUUCCUCUUCUGACAGCGACAAAGAUAAAAAGAAGAAGGAUAAGAAGAAAGAUAAGAAGAAAGAUAAGAAGAAAGAUAAGAAGAAAGACAAGAAGAAGGACAAGAAGGAGGAUAAGAAAAAGGGGGAGAAGGAGGGCGGUCAGCAGGAAGACGAGGAGAAUGUUGCUGUUGUUUCUGUUGCUGGUGACGAGGUUGCAGGACCAAGUUGUUAUGGAGACAAGGACAAGAAGGAGAACAAGCCCAAACGGGAUCGCCCGGUGGCACGUGACCUCUAUGCUGAGGGCGUCCAGGCACAGUCAAGGGAUCAGGAUCCUGGCAACGUGAGUGAUGACGAGGGAGAAGGGGAGGCAGCCAAGGACGAGGACAAGAAGACAAAGGUGUUGAAGAAGAAGAAGGAGAGCAAGGAUUCUGGCGCAUGUUCAUCAGACAACGAUGAUGCCGGGAAAGACAAGAAGAAAGAUAAGAAGAAAAAGAAGGACGAUGGCUCAGACUCAGACAGUGAUGAUGACAAAAAGAAGAAGAAGAAGAAGAAGGACUCCAGUUCAAGUUCAUCUGACAGUGACAGCGGCAAAGAUAAGGAUAAAAAGAAGAAGAAGAAGAAGAAGGAUAAGAAAAAGAAGAAGAAGAAGGACAAAGGUCCACCAAGUUCAUGUGAUAGUGAAGGUGGCAACGAUGAGAAGAAGAAGAAGGAUAAGAAGGGCUCAUCAGGGAGUGACACUGACAAGGAGAACAAGAAGCAGGACGCCAAAGACGACGGUCAAAGGGGAACGCCAACGGCGGGAGGCUCUGUUGAAACGCCGAAGUGUUCACUCCCCACGGAGAGGGAGCCCAUCCCCGGGAGUGGCGGUAGCAUCAGCACCGUCACACUGAAGGGUUCGCUCCCCAAGGAGAGGGAGCCCAUCCCCGGGUGUGGCGGUAGCAUCAGCACCGUCACGCUGAAGGGUUCGCUCCCCAAGGAGAGGGAGCCCAUCCCCGGGUGUGGCGGUAGCAUCAGCACCGUCACGCUGAAGGGUUCGCUCCCCGCACAGCGGGAGCCCAUCCCCGGCAGCCGCGGUAGCAGCAGCACCGUCAGCUUCCCCAGCAGCUCCGUCAGCACAGUCAGGCUCAGCAGCGGCGGUGGCGGUACUGGUGGUGUUUGUGUUGGUGGUGGUGGUGUUGGUGGCACCAGCGCCCCAGCCCCUGUAUUGCUCCCAUCCAGAUCAUUGGUUAAACUGGAGCCUAAGGAGGUGGGCUUCGCCGAGCCGAAGUCCAUCUCUCGCUUCGACACGCCCAGGAGCUUCGUGAGCUCCUCGCAGAGUGCCGUUGAGAGGGUCCCCAUCCGCAGGCCCCCCAGCCCCAUGGAGGCCCUGUUGGGGAACCCAAGGAGGACCACGGACGCUGGAAGUCUCCUUACCACCAACCCAUCCACCACCACCACCCCCUCCUCCUCCACUACCACCAGCUACCUCACCUCAAGUGAUUUACUAAGAGGCCAAAGGUCGUAUCGUCACUGACGACCAGCACCAAGCUCCUGAAAUUGUCCUACUGAUCCAAUCGUCUUCAGAAUGGGAAAGAUUAUAAUAAUGUUUGGGGAAAGUCAAAGAUGAUUAUAUCAGUGAUUUCUGAAUAUGUUGCAAAGAAAAAUGUUGCCUGAAAUUGCUUGAUUUAAUAAAUGUUUUUUUUGUUGGCAUUGUUCAGAGAUUACCUCAAGGUCACGAGACAGAGGUACUUUUCAGCUGGCCACGUUCAUUGCUAUAAUCUCAUCUUCUCUUGCUUUUAAGAAAGAAUGACACAAUCCACAUUUGGAUGAUGCUUCCUGAAAUCAAAAUAAAAAUAAAAUCAUUGGGAAUAUGGAAACAUAA